ACUUACAAAAGUGCACAUCGAGGCAAUGUAUUCAGCCCAGACACUAGGAGAUUCUAGUCCCAGAGCCUUGAUUCAUUCGUUGUGGAUGAUCUGCACAACCCAUUUCGGCAUGAAGAUGGGAAAUGAAAUACAUAAACUCUGCUGGGGGGACGUUACACUUGGUGUUGAUUUUGAGUGAGGCGAGGAGUACAUCACACUCGAUACCGAGCGCCAGACCAAGACCAGAACAGGGGAAAAUCCAAGAAAUACCAUGUCAGUCAAACCAAGGGCUUAUGCAGUCCCCGAAGAGCCCAACAGAGACCCCGUUCAUCUGUAUAAGCUGUAUGCAGACAAACGGCCGGUGGAAAUGAGAGGAGAUGACAGUUCGUUCUUCCUCACACCGUGCAACAGCACACAGCUAGGCUGGUUCAGGAGGUCAGCAAUUGGUAUAAACAAGCUGUGCGGCAUCAUGGCAGAGAUGAAGGCGGACGCUGGGAUAACAGAGCCCAGAAUCACCCCAUACAGCUCUGAAAUGGGUCUGUCCCACAAGAAUGUGUUUAAUCGACAAGUGAAAUCUCCAACACCAACACCGGAUGUUUCGCCUGAUUUUCCUGAUCAACCACGCUACAAGCGUAUUCGCAUGAUUCCAGACAGUAAUAGCGAUUAA